AUGUCAUCUUCGAAGCUGUCCAGCUGUUGUUGGCAGGAGCGAAUGGGCAACCGCGGUGAGGAAGGACUAGAAGAGUAUGAUGGCGAAAUGGAGAAGCGGUGUGCUGUUUCUUUAACUCUCGGUUUGGGUAACGGGCAAAUUUCUGUCUCCGCCAUAGUGCCUCUGCCCAAAGGGGUAGCCUUCGGACCUUGGAAGCGGCCCCAAAGACCUACUGCUCGUCUAUAA